AGCGGGACACAAAGGUUUACCGUAAUGGUGUCGGGAGAUUGACGACGGUCUAUGCAGCUUUACAGCAAUUAUGCAUCCGUGCACACAUUUUAGGAGUUUGAGUUAGGUUGUGUCAUGAUCAACACAAACUGAUUAAUUUUUGUGCUUUAUGUGGUGUGUGUGAACUCGGUGAUUUCUAUGUAAAGGGGGUAUAAAAGCGUUCGUUUUGGUUUGGUGUGAGGAGGUUGAACAUAUAAGCUGAAUCGAGACUACAUGAUUUGGUUCUGUUGCUGUGGGACAUACGUUUUAAAACAGAUUUAUAAUUAUUCAUCAUCGUUACACUGAGGUCGUCAUAAUGAAGUUCGCAGCACUCGUGACAUCAGUGCUGUUAAUAGUGUUAGUGCUGUCAGACUUACCUAGGCCAACCCUUGCUCGGCGUUCGGGGCUCUACUGUGGGAAAUCUCGUAAAGGUCAAAGAUGCAACAGCAAUGUGAAUUUUAUCAAGAGGAUCUUUGGGGACGACAAAAGGGAUGAGGAAACUGACAAUGGAGCAUUUUUGAAGACGGAGGCCGACAGAGAAAUCGAGGAAAAUGAACUCGUUGAAAAACUGCGUCUUCUUAGAGAUUUACUCCGGGAACUUCAACAAGAACAAGAUCUAAGACUAUUAAUUGAAGAUGAAAGACUGUUGGCGGAUGAACUAAGACAGAUCCCCCCUCCUGGUUAAUGCCAACAGUGGAUAUUUUGCUUUAAGGUACUGGACACCUCUGGUAAUUAUCAAAGAUACUUGGUGUAUCCCAACAUAAAUAUACAUACAAUUAACAAACCUGCAACAAUUUUGGCUCAAUUUGUCAUAUCUAAUUUGCAAGAGAAAAACAUGCAUUUGUUGCAUUAAUUUGUGUGCUUUUAGGUGCAUAAUUAAAGGCGUCAGCUGAAGUCUUUUAUUAUUAUUUGAGUGAGAAAUUAACCCCUUCUCAAAAUGUACUUCCUUCCGAGAGAGCCGUUUCUCACGACGUGUUCUACUAUCAACAGCUCUCCAAUACUCGUUACCAAGAUAAGUUCGUAAUCUAACAACUUUGUUUAAUUAAUAACCAUUGUGUGUCCACUGCCUUUAUAGACAAUUAACACUAUUGGUAAUUGUCAAAGACCAGUCUUCUCUCUUGCCGUAUCUCAA